AUGAGACCGAUCAUGUUGAUGGGACACGAGCGUUCGCUCACGCAGGUGAAAUAUAACCGCGAGGGAGACCUAAUCUUCACGUCGGGGAAGGAUAACGUUGCGUCGGUGUGGUAUGCGAUGAACGGCGAGCGUCUGGGAACGCUGGAGGGUCACAAUGGUUCGAUUUGGUCGAUCGACGUGGACCAGCACACGGAGUACGCGGUGACCGGGAGUGCGGACUUCAGUGUGAAGGUCUGGCGCGUACGCGACGGCAGCAUCGCGCACUCGUGGGACACGCGCACGCCCGUGCGGCGCGUGGAGUUUUCGCCCACCGGCGACCGUGUGCUUGCGGUGCUGGAUAACGUGAUGAACUACGCCGGCGCCAUCGUGGUGUUCAGCGUGACGCGGGAUGCGAACAACCAGAUCACUGGCUUCAACAGCGGCCUUUCCUGCGAGAUCCUGACGCAGGAGGGCUGUGCGCCCGUGCUUGUGGCGUCGUGGUCGUAUGACGGCAAGUACAUCGUGGCCGGGCACCAAGACGGCAAGAUCAGCAAAUACAACGGCGUCACGGGCGAAUGCCUGGAAAUCAAGGACCUGCACAAGCAGCGCGUCUCCGACAUCCAAUUCUCGCUUGACCGCACCUACUUCCUCACGACCUCCAGAGACAGCUACGCCAACCUAGUCGAUGUCGAGACAUUCGAGGUCCUGAAGACCUACGAAACUGACUGUCCGCUGAACAGCGGUUGCAUCACCCCGCUAAAGGAGUUCGUCAUUCUGGGCGGUGGCCAGGACGCGCGCGAUGUCACGACCACCAGUGCCCGCGAGGGUAAGUUCGAGGCCAAGUUCUACCACAAGCUUUUCCAGGUGGAAAUCGGCCGUGUGGACGACCAUUUCGGUCCCGUCAACUACAUCGCCGUUUCCCCGCAGGGCACCUCGUACGCCUCCGGCGGUGAGGACGGUUUCGUGCGCCUCCAUCACUUCGACAAGAGCUACUUCGACUUCAAGUUCGACGUCGAAAAAAGCGCCGACGCCCAGAAGAAGGUCGACACUGCUGACCGCUGA